GUGGUCACAGCCAUCGCUAUCAUGGCCCUCUACUCUGUGGUCUGCGUCGUGGGGCUCUUCGGCAACUUCUUGGUCAUGUAUGUCAUCGUCAGGUACACAAAAAUGAAGACUGCUACCAAUAUCUAUAUAUUCAAUCUUGCAUUGGCAGAUGCUCUAGCAACAAGUACUCUGCCAUUCCAGAGUGUGAAUUACUUGAUGGGAACAUGGCCUUUUGGCACCAUCCUUUGUAAGAUUGUUAUAUCCAUAGACUACUACAACAUGUUCACCAGUAUCUUUACACUCUGCACCAUGAGUGUGGAUCGCUACGUAGCUGUUUGCCACCCAGUUAAAGCCCUUGAUUUCCGUACCCCCAGAAAUGCCAAAAUUGUCAAUGUCUGCAACUGGAUUCUUUCUUCUGCCAUCGGCCUGCCAGUUAUGUUCAUGGCAACUACUAAAUACAGACACGGGUCUAUUGACUGCACACUUACAUUCUCCCACCCUGCAUGGUACUGGGAGAACCUCCUAAAGAUCUGUGUGUUCAUUUUUGCCUUCAUCAUGCCAGUCCUGAUCAUUACUGUGUGCUAUGGGCUGAUGAUUUUACGCCUAAAGAGUGUUCGCAUGUUAUCUGGCUCCAAAGAGAAGGACAGGAACCUGCGGAGAAUCACGAGGAUGGUUCUUGUAGUGGUGGCAGUGUUUAUCGUCUGCUGGACUCCCAUCCACAUUUAUGUCAUCAUUAAAGCCCUGGUGAACAUCCCAGAAACUACUUUCCAGACUGUUUCUUGGCACUUCUGUAUCGCCCUAGGGUAUACAAAUAGCUGUCUUAAUCCAGUCCUUUAUGCAUUUCUAGAUGAGAAUUUCAAAAGGUGUUUCAGAGAGUUCUGCAUCCCCACUUCCUCAACCAUCGAGCAGCAAAACUCCACCCGAGUCCGACAAAACACUCGUGACCAUGCUUCCACUGCCAACACUGUGGACAGGACUAACCAUCAGGUAUGA